AUUUUUGAAAGUAAAUACAUUAUUUGUUUGCAGUGAUUUAGUUUCAUAAUAUUCUUUUGAUCUAUUGUAAAUCAUUCGGAAAACAAAUAAUUUAGCAACAAGUUUACGAGGUCAAACGGUAAAGACAAAUCUUCCGAAUUCAUGGGUAAAAUCAUAGUAUUCUACACAAAGUCGGGUGUUUUUAACCAAUUAACUCAGUACAAAAAAUACUUAAGAAAAAUAAUUACAAAAUGUUUAUGAAUACCUUUACCCAACCCGUGUUUAGUAAAAACUUAGGGGGCUCUUAAAACAUUACAAACAGUGGAAAAAUUUAACACAAACUGUAUAUUUGUUGGUACAGUACAUUGCGAUUAGAUUUUUGUGGUGGUAAUUUCAGUAAUUUUUUUAAUAGCGCUUAAACAUGCGGAAUUGCAGCCAAGUUUUGUUAGGUUUGUAGCAAAAAUCCUUAAUUUACGCGAACCUAACUCUUUCAUUACAUCACCGUUUAGAAUGUAAACACUGAUUAUUGUUAUGCAAAUUCUGUAUCAAUCGUCGCCACUAUAAAUGGAAAUAGUUUUAGAUUUGGUGACUACAUGACUCAAUAACAUCCCGUCCCAAAUCUCAAAAUUAUUGAUGAAGUUAAGCGGUGCGUGAUGAAGUUCACUGGUGUGCGAUGCUUUAUAAACAAGUACAACCAAGUUACCUUGUCAGUCAGGUACAUGAAUACAAUCACUCUUACAUUCCUACAAGCUGUCUGUCUGCUCAUGCUAUUUCAUCCAACCCUAUCCUCGUCCAACUUCUUCAUCAAACAACUUCAAGGAACCAGAUUCAAUACAAUGGAUGGAAGGAUGUCUAUAGUGCUGCUGGUGUGUGUUUGGUGUUCACUUGAUGCAGGCGGACUCCUGAUGGCUGUCACUGCUCAACCAAUUGCAACACCCAAACCAGUGGUGUCGGUGACAUCGGUGAUCUUAACACCAGAGGCCGAUCGUAGGAUGGGCAGGCAAGUUGUUAUGAUGUGUAACGCUACAAACCUCGAGUCGGACCAUAUUGUGGAGUGGAGGUCAACUCAACCCGAUACUACUCUGUGGUGGAAAGACUCUAACCAAACGAACAUUAACCGGUAUAAGUUCAAAAAAACCUAUCCACAGAGUGGGAUGGUUGUUCAAGACUUUACGAUUACUUAUCUGCAGAUUGACGACUAUGAUGAAUAUGUUUGUAACGUCAACCACCCUAUCAGAGGAGGAGGGAACACAAUUGUAGCUACAUCCAGCGUAUUCCUGUCAGCUCCAUCGUACCCGAUAUGCUCCCCUUCUGGACCUAUCACAGUAGACACCGGUACAGAGCUACAAUUGAGAUGUCUGUCUGAGACUGGUAAACCUGCAGAUAUAGAAACCCAUCCAAUGACUGAUCCCAGAAGCCACCUCUGGACAUAUUCAAGAGUCGAUGGUAAGGAUACAUUAUCAUUGAAUUUGACUGUGACUGUUGCUGACGAUGGUGUUGCAUUUAACUGCUCUGUAUUACAAGGGAGUGGUGCAAGUAUGACACGUUCGUGUAUCAUUGGACCAAUCAGUGUAGCAAGUUCGACAGAUGCGACUAAUGAAAUAACAUCAAUCGAACCAGAGACAACCCAACCCAACCAGCCCCACCCACCAACCCAAACCCUACCCAACCAGACCCCUUCUUUUAAUCUAUGGAUUGUAGCGUUUGUAAUUACCCUCAGUGUAUCCACCAUCAUCAUCAUUCUUGGUGUAUUUCAAAUCUUCAAAAUGAGACGCGUCAUCAGAGAGACCGAGACAUCUCAAAUGCCCAAAGCUGAUCCCUACACGACGCUGCAACCAACGGAUGACAAGAACACAGGAUACACAGAACCUACUACGGCUACAACUACCAAACAAGAAGCAGAGAAGGAAAGCCAAGAGGAUGGUUACCUUCGACCACGGCCACAUCUCAAGGAGCAAAGAAGGAAUCACCAAGUCGCUGUGCACGUUGACCCAACACCAGACUCACGAACAACUACCACACAAGAUACCUACUACAAGCCGGUUGAAGUAGAGACUGACAGCCCUAAGUAUGGCUACCUUCGACCACAGCCACAUGAUCCCAAGCAGCAAAGAAGGAAUCACCAAGUCACUGUGCACGUUGACCCAGCACCAAGCUCAGGAACAACUGGCAUUAAACACACCUACUACAAACCAGGUUUAAAGUAGAUACGGAAAGUCAGUAAGCGUUUUAUUAAAAAAAAAAAAAACUUAAUCGAUGUCGUGCAAAAUGUGUUCUUGCUUUUUCACUUCUUUCUCGUCAUCCAGAUGGCCGAUCGAUCUCAAACUUUUCUACAGGUUUAUCAGUUUAUGUAAAAGAUGAUUUUAUUGUGUGGUCAUCAUCUCACGUAUGUCAGUUACGACCAUUAUACAAACAAGCAAACAAAUUGUGCAUGGUAUGUACGCUGUACAUUGUGCAUGGCAUUUAAAAGAACACAUUGCCUUGGAUCGGACGAGUUGGUCUAUGAAAAGCGUUUGAAACCGUUUGUU